CCCGCGCGGCAUUGACCUGGAUUCAGAGCAGAGAGAAACGACAGCCGAUCACUGUCUGCAACCCCACGACAGGACAGUCCAGAUAUCCAUGUGCACAAAUACCUAAAUGCAUGUAUUUUAAUAAUGCAACUCUAAAAGAAGAUUGUCUCCGGUCUGGUCAGUAAACACCGCUUCAUUGUCUAUAUUGAAGAGCGUUCUAGCCACAAACUGAGGAACGGGGUAGACCCGACCACACAGCCCAACACUGCUCAGGCAAAAGCAGAUACCAGUGACAGAUUACAAGGUGGUUAUAGGCAAUAACAACUUGUUUUUCUUUUGGAAACUUUAAAUAAGUCGGUCAUUUGAAUGUUCAAAACUUAUAUUUUGUAAUGCACGAAAAAAAGGAACCUUAAAAAAAUGUCAAAAAUGUAUUCCCAAUUUCACUGAAAACAAUGUACCAGGGGAAUAAUAAGAGAGUACAUUAUUAUGCUAUUGAUGGGCCCUCCUCGCAUAAGUUAGACAACGUUUAUAUUAAAAGCUAAAAUAAUUGAACAAUAUCAUUUGAAUGUGUUCUAUUUAUUGUGCACGAUUAUGCUUUGUGAUUAAAGUACGCUAUGAUUUUUUUUUUUAUAAAAAUAUAUAUUUUUUAUAUAUAUAUAAAAGCUGACACCUUAUUAUUUUAGUAUUAUUUAUUUCCUAGCAGACGCCCUUAUCCAGGGCGACUUACAAUUGUUACAAGAUAUCACAUUAUUUUUAUAUACAAUUACCCAUUUAUACAGUUGGGUUUUUACUGGAGCAAUCUAGGUACCUUGCUCAAGGGUACAGCAGCAGUGUCCACCACCUGGGAUUGAACCCACAACCCUCCGGUCAAGAGUCCAGAGCCACACACAGAACCACUACGCCACACUGCGCAUGAAAGCCAGUAUAAACCGUGUGUAUUUCAAACGUUUCGAAUUAUUGUGACGUAUUAUCAAAUACAUGCAUGCAAACAUAAUUGAACUGAAUUACCUCACAAGUGAAAUACAUUUCAUGAAAACAAACGUUAAGUACUGCAUUUUUUAAAAACUUCUUUAAGAAUAAUACAACGUAAGACUAGAUUAUGUACACCAUAACUUCGGUUCUUAAAAUAAAAUCACAUUUCAUAUAUUGUUAAACACAAAUAAGGGUUAUUUGUUUGCUUCUUAAAACAUUUUACGCAUUAUUAUACGAUUUGUUUCCCUUAAAGAUAACUGGGGUAUAUGUGUUUCCCUCUGUAUAAUAAUUACUAAUCUGUAAUGUGUCAUAUUAAGUACAUGUUUAGGAUUAACUAUUUUUAGAAUGAAUUAAUUAUCUUUUUUUUUUUUUUGCCGUAGCAGUUUAUUAUUUAUAUAAUAAUAAUAAUACAUGUGCCUGGUUAAAAAAAGAAGAAAAGAAAAAAGCAUACUAAAGUCAUACAUGACAAUGAAUGUGCAUUAACACAAUAACAUUGUGCUCUUUAUAUCGUAAAUGCUAAAUAUUUAAAUACUAUCCUUGUUUUGUUUUUACUUUAUGAAAGUCAGAACUGCUAAUAACAAUGCAGUUUUUCUAAUUUGAUUCUCAUAUGCAGUAUUUGCCAUUCAAGAACGGGUUUCUCUAUCGUCAAUAUCAUAAACUUUCUUAGACUGUGAUUGCAAAUAUCCAAUACAUUUGAUUGCAUUUGGUAAUAAAUACGACUUUCGUGAUAGUUAGGGAUUAUAUCUGAUACAGCCUGUCUUUCUUUUAUUUUUUAUAUCUACCGGUCCAUGUCGAAAACACUCUGGAUUAGAACACAACUGAGAAAGACAGGCCAACUGUGUAAUUUUCGUCUUUUCUGGGUUUUCAGCAGGCGUUUACUGCCAUCUAGUGGAUUCAUUGGAUAACUUGUCAGCAUAGAUAGAAAGUUUGGAGUCCGCCACACUUAACUCGAAACCAGAAACCCAUGCAGAAGAGGGGUGGAGAGGGGCGAGUGGAUUGCUACAAUAACGAGUGCAUAACCUCGAAGUUAUUCAUAGCAAAUAAACAGUGUGCCAUUGCACUGUUCUCCAUUGGCUGCCAGGCAGUACAGUUUAAUAAAUAAUACAGUAUAUUCUCUAAGGGCGGUUUAUUUUUUUAUACCACAAAGGAUAGGAGUUGACACAGUCUUCAUAAAUGCAACUUAAGCAGUAGCUCCAAGUAUGUAAUAAUAAGUACUUCAUGUUUUAAGUAAAAACUCACGCCUUUGCUCACAUCAUGCUCCAGUUAACAUCCACGCCGCUGGGACUCGGCCGCUCAACCGUUCAUAUAAAUGUUUCAUCGUAUGAAAGUUAAAUGAUGUUGGGACACGGAACUGCAUUUCCAUGUGUGCAAGAUGAAGGAGUGAGAGUGCACCAUGUGUAAUGGAAUACUACAUCCCUAGUUCAUUUUUCACCACUGAUACCUACGGCUUCUGGGUUGCAAACCAAGAAAUGCAAUGGUGUCUGUUGGAAAGGCUGCCUUUUAAAGUUAAACUUUAGGGUAAGGAAACCUGCAGUAAAACACAUUGAUGGAGCAGCUCUAGUCUUUGGAUACAUUAACAGUUUUUAUUUUUUCUCACACCCCCCAUCAGGGGCGUCAUUUGCUAUAGGGCAGGAGGGGAAGUUGUCCCCACCCCCAGACGAUCUAUAUGACAUCAUGUCUUCCACUUUUUGACCCCCUCAGAUCCAGACAUAUAAUGUAAUCACAUCUAAGAUCGUCAAUGUUUUCUUCACACGUGUUUUUCAAACCCUAUUCUUUUCUCAUCUAACCCAGGUCCUGACGGUUGCUAUGUGAUUUAAUUGCUUGUGCUCAGAGUCUCAAGGCGUAGUAGACGGCAUUCAUUCAUUUAAUUUGUAUUGAUAGUUAAUUGCUGUCCAGUGAUUAUAUCGACAACAAAUGAUUACAUUGUAUUCUAUUAUUUCAAUAAUAAUAUAAUAUUGUUGGUAGCAUCAUGAGUCAAAGAGAAAUGCCGGAUAUGUUUGUCACAGCAAGUGAAAAACGGAAGAAAUUAAACGCAGCGAGACAAGGAGGGAUUCACUUGUGGAAGAAACUAUUAAUAUUGUUUCUGCCCAGGUACACUUAUUUAUACAUGUUCUAAAGAAAAGGUACCAUAGAUUUGAAAAUGAGAUUUAGACUCAUGUGUCGGGCUGUGCUGUGUGUUUUCAUGUGUCGGGCUAUGCUGUGUAUUUUCAUGUGUCGGGCUGUGUUGUGUGUUUUCAUGUGUAGCACUGUGCUGUGUGUUUUCAUGUGUCGGGCUGUGCUGUGUGUUUUCAUGUGUAGGGCUGUGCUGUGUGUUUUCAUGUGUAGCACUGUGUUGUGUGUUUUCAUGUGUCGGGCUGUGCUGUGUGUUAUCAUGUGUAGGGCUGUGCUGUGUGUUUUCAUGUGUCGGGCUGUGCUGUGUGUUUUCAUGUGUCGGGCUGUGCUGUGUGUUUUCAUGUGUAGUGCUGUGCUGUGUGUUUUCAUGUGUUGGGCUGUGCUGUGUGUUUUCAUGUGUAGUGCUGUGCUGUGUGUUUUCAUGUAUAGUGCUGUGUUGUGUGUUUUCAUGUGUAGCGCUGUGUUGUGUGUUUUCAUGUGUCGGGCUGUGCUGUGUGUUUUCAUGUGUUGGGCUGUGCUGUGUGUUUUCAUGUGUAGCGCUGUGCUGUGUGUUUUCAUGUAUAGUGCUGUGUUGUGUGUUUUCAUGUGUAGCGCUGUGUUGUGUGUUUUCAUGUGUAGGGCUGUGCUGUGUGUUUUCAUGUGUAGUGCUGUGCUGUGUGUUUUCAUGUGUAGCGCUGUGUUGUGUGUUUUCAUGUGUAGGGCUGUGCUGUGUGUUUUCAUGUGUAGCGCUGUGCUGUGUGUUUUCAUGUAUAGUGCUGUGUUGUGUGUUUUCAUGUGUAGGGCUGUGCUGUGUGUUUUCAUGUGUAGUGCUGUGUUGUGUGUUUUCAUGUGUAGCGCUGUGUUGUGUGUUUUCAUGUGUAGGGCUGUGCUGUGUGUUUUCAUGUGUAGCGCUGUGCUGUGUGUUUUCAUGUAUAGUGCUGUGUUGUGUGUUUUCAUGUGUAGCGCUGUGUUGUGUGUUUUCAUGUGUAGCGCUGUGUUGUGUGUUUUCAUGUAUAGUGCUGUGCUGUGUGUUUUCAUGUGUAGCGCUGUGCUGUGUGUUUUCAUGUGUAGUGCUGUGCUGUGUGUUUUCAUGUAUAGUGCUGUGUUGUGUGUUUUCAUGUGUCGGGCUGUGCUGUGUGUUUUCAUGUGUAGGGCUGUGCUGUGUGUUUUCAUGUGUAGUGCUGUGCUGUGUGUUUUCAUGUAUAGUGCUGUGUUGUGUGUUUUCAUGUGUCAGGCUGUGCUGUGUGUUUUCAUGUGUAGGCCUGUGCUGUGUGUUUUCAUGUGUAGCGCUGUGCUGUGUGUUUUCAUGUGUAGGCCUGUGCUGUGUGUUUUCAUGUGUAGCGCUGUGCUGUGUGUUUUCAUGUGUAGCGCUGUGCUGUGUGUUUUCAUGUGUAGGCCUGUGCUGUGCUGUGUGUUUUCAGGUUUAGACUCAUGUGUCGGGCUGUGCUGUGUGUUUUCAUGUGUAGGGCUGUGCUGUGUGUUUUCAUGUAUAGUGCUGUGCUGUGUGUUUUCAUGUGUAGGCCUGUGCUGUGCUGUGUGUUUUCAGGUUUAGACUCAUGUGUAGGGCUGUGCUGUGUGUUUUCAUGUGUAGGGCUGUGCUGUGUGUUUUCAUGUGUAGCGCUGUGCUGUGUGUUUUCAUGUGUCGGGCUGUGCUGUGUGUUUUCAUGUGUAGUGCUGUGCUGUGCUGUGUGUUUUCAGGUUUAGACUCAUGUGUCGGGCUGUGCUGUGUGUUUUCAUGUGCAGGGCUUUGUUGUACAUUUUCAUAUGUAGGGCUGUGCUGUGUGUUUUCAUGUUUAGGCUCAUGUGUAGGGCUGUGUUGUGUGUUUUCAGGUUUGUAUAGCUGCUCUAUAAAGUCAUUGUUGUCUUUUUCACAGUGGAUCAGCAGAAAAUAAUAUUUAAGGUGGUAGACUACAGUAUAGAUACAUUCUGGUUAUAAUUACUGUUUUAAAAUGUUACAUUGCUUAAAUAUGCAUUUAUAUGGAAAUAAAUGAUUAGGUAAUGUUAUACAUGAAAAUCAGUGGAUUUAUUCUUCUAACAUAUUUUCGCCAUAUGCAAAUGUUGGUAUUAGUUCGGCAAAAACAUUACAGGCUGGUGUUAACAGAUUUGCCAGAUGAAAGCCAGACGCUAUCCCGUGUUAUUUUAGUUUAUUCAUGAUUAUCUGUGUAAACAUGUUAUUUAAAACUUUGCUACAUAUUUCUACAUUCGACAUUCACAGAAUUGUGGUGCUUAUUUAUGUUCAUUGGUUUAUAUUUGAUACAAAGUGUCAUUCUUUGUGGAAAGCAGGUGAAAUGUAUCAAACUUAACUCGAGGUUGUAAGUAUGUAUCACACCUGGUGAGAUGUAUUCAGAUGGAUGCUCUAAAAUAAAGAGUUAAACUGCAUUGUUACCCGGCUCUUUUCGUAAAGCCCAUGGAAUACAUGACUUUAUUUUCAAUGAUCUGAAAUCAGAGUAGUCUAAUGUUCCAUAGCUGCUACUGUAAAACGAUUUAAAAAUGAUGUUGUACCUCUAGUUGUUUAAUGUAGCAGUAGUUACAGUAUGGAACUGACAUUUUUACUUAACUGCGAUAUCGGAAGCUGGCCGCAGAGCAAUUCUGUUAGCGUUAAAGCCUUUACCCACUAAAAGUUUCAGAGAAAAACGACGACCGUAACGUUACACACUUUAUUACUAUAAAAUGAGACUUAGUGGAACGACAUUUCUGAGUUUGUUGUAAACCAAUGCCGUGUUUUAAAAAUACUUGCAUUGCACAGUUUGUAUAAUUUAUUUUAAGAAUAAAAACGCUACCUCGUUGUAAACUGGCUCAAUUACUGCCUGUUUCUUUUUGUCAUUCAUGAUGCUAUGUGGGACAGAGAAUGUUCAACUUUGCCCCCUCCAGAAUUUUUCUGAAAUGACGCGCAUGUGGUCCACUAUGACAGGCACUAUAUAAAAUAAAGAUUGAUUGAUUGAUUGAUUGAUUGAUACCGCAGCAGGUGCUCGUCUACAGUGAGAGUAAUGAGGCUGCAUGAAUACUAGCCUAUAUUACAAUUCAUUUGAAAAACGGGUUCCCGGUGUUGCCAAUUUCACACUGUAGACGUUAUUCUUCAUAAUAACAGCUACAUCAUUCAUUGAUCCUUCUACAAUGCAAAGGUCACCAGUGCCUGAGGAAGAAACAGCCCAUGCCAUCACACUACCAUGUUUAACACUGGGCAUGAUGAACAUUUGAUGAACUCUUCCUCCAAACAUAUUGUUGCUUUCUUGGUGAAAAAAGUUAUAUUUUGAAUUCGUCUGAUCACUUUAUAUUUUACAAUUUUCUAAUAAAAUCAGUUUUGAUAUACUGUACAUAUUUUCAAUUUUCCAUUUAUUGUACUUAAUAUUUUUGUCCAAAGAAAUUCGUUGUACCUUCAUAAUGUGGCUGCAUUUGUUGUUACACUGUGUAAUGUUGUGUAUAUUUAGUAUAUUGUAUUUUAAUGUUUGAAAAACACUUUAAGUCACCUUGGAUAAAAGCGUCUGCCAAAUAACUAAAUACAAAAUAAUAACAGUGAUUGGUGUCAAGGAAACCACGUUUGCCGUUGUUUCUAUGCACAAAUGAUGUAAAAAAUGUUCUUGUAUUAUAAAAAGACUUUCUGCUUGAAAGCACAAUCUGUUUGUUAGUUAGCUGCCUUUUUUAAUGUUAUUAAUGCGAUGUCAAUGAUUUACUGUUAUCAAACGGAUUUUAACCAUCAGUUUAAUUGAUCGUGAAACGAGAUUCAAUAUCCGGUAUAUGCAACAUUUAAGAGCCUUGAAGUUUAAGAAAAAAAUCACUUUUAUGGUCUUUUAAUAACACCAUCGAGGUUGUAUACAUUUCCAUUUUGGCAAAUUCACAGAAAUAUCCUGUUUGUAUUGCGGGUAGGUCUAUUCAAUUCCAAAAAGACGGUUUCUGAUCAGCGAACGUGUUGGUUGGCCUGCACUGUUAAUGAACGUUAUUCCCAAUUUCCUUGUUUGGGACUGCCUUCAGUGCACUGCACAUUGCACUGAGAGAAAAGAAAUGAAAAAAAAAUAAAUAAAUAAAAACUUGUGUCACACCUUGAAUAUCAGCCUGGACAUGCUUGUUUUUAACAUACCAGCCUGGACAUGCUUGUUUUUAACAGACACUUCCUCACAGCAACAAGAGGCAAUCAAGAUGCAAUUCCGUUUUCUUACUCUUAGCCUUAAGGGGAAAGGGGGGAAUCAAGUCCUUGAGAUACACACCGCUUUAGAAUAUGUACAAAGUGGUUUGCGACGCAUUUACAAUGGUAAUGCAAUCCUGAACAGAACCGCGAAUUCUAUAAUUGAGCGCAAAAUUGCAACAAUUGGACAAGAGCAACAGAAGCAAUUUUUUCUUUAAUUUGUUUUUCGUUUUCUAAAUAUAAACAGUUGUGUCUGAAGUUUUGAAAGCAAGUUUUUUCAACAAAUAGGCCUACAAUUCUCAGAGAAAGAGGUUCUGUUAGAUUGUAUUUACAGGAGUAACAACACAAAUAAUUCACACAUGGGUGACUCUUGUAUUUGACAUACGUUUUUAAAAUCAAAAUACGUUUUAAUGAUGUAAAUGACGCCUGUAGGCCUGUUUUGGAUCCAUUCAUAAAUAGAAGGCACGCCCAAGGCAGGCCUAUUUAAUGCCAGAUUACCAUGUCAAAGCUGCAGACAAUAGUUAAAGCAAAUUAUCAAAUCAUUAUUUUAUGUAAAGCCCACGUAUUUUAUGUUUUCUAUAAGUUUCAUUUCGGUAUGUGGAAAAAAGUAAAAUAAACAGCUUGACACAUAAAUCGAUUAAAAUCGGUGGGAUUUGCAUAACAGAGCAGUAGCAUACAUUAUUUUCUCCUUCUUUCAGAGACUUCGGGUUUGAAUUGUGCCAGCAUCAUAUGCAAUAUUUAUUUAGUGCUUCUUAAAGGCACGACCAGAUUGCACUGCGGUUUCUCCAGGACAACGUCCCCGCCUUCUGGACCACGAACACAGGGCUUCAUUACUCCUCAUGUUACUCUUUUAACAGUUUGCAUGUGUAUUAAACACAAAGCCACACUGCUCACAGUAUAUAAUAACGUUAUUACAAAAUAAACGCUGUGUGUAUAUAUAUAUAUACACACAUACAUAUAUACAGGUAGUGGACAAAAAAAUGGAAACACCUGGGUAAAUGAGGGACACCAAGUAUAUUAUUAUUAUUAUUAUUAUUUAUUUCUUAGCAGACGCCCUUAUCCAGGGCGACUUACAAUCGUAAGCAAAUACAUUUCAAGUGUUACAGUACAAGUAAUACAAUAUUGGAAGCAAGGGCUUCCACACAGGUGUGGCUCAUGCGUUAAUUAAGCAAAUAACAUCCCAGCAUGCUUAGGGUCAUGUAUAAAAAUGCUGUAUAGGCCUGAUUGCCUAUAAUUAUGGUUAGCAUGGCUACAAGAGGAGACCUCAGUGACUUUGAAAGAGGGGUGAUUGACGGGGGCGUGUUUGGCAGGAGCUUAAGUGACCAAGACAGCUCAACUUGCGGAUGUUUCACAAGCAACGGUGUCUAAGGUGAUGUCGGCAUGGAGCUCCGAGGGAAAGACAUCAUCAGCAAAGGGCAACAGUGGGUGGAAGCGCAUACUCCAGGAUCGUGAUAUCCGUGCAUUAAUUUGAAGUGCAAGGCAAAACAGACGAGCAACUGCAGAUCAAUUGACUGCAAAUUUCAACCCGGGGCGCGAGCAGCCAGUUUCAUCAAAAACGGUCUGCCGAGAACUCCACAGAGCGGGAUAUCAUAGUGGCCCAACGCCCUAUUAAGUGACUUUACAUUGGUGUUUCCAUUUUUUUGUCCACUAUCUGUAUAUAUAUAUAUAUAUAUUAGCCAGCUGCCCAAUGUUUCGAUAUGUUGUACAUAUCUAGCAUGUGUUUGAAUCAAAACAUUGGAGGUAUUUAUAGGUUUUUGACGUCAUGACAACUAAUUGUUAUUAUUAUUUUAUUAUUAUUUAUUUCUUAGCAGAUGCCCUUAUCCAGGGCGACUUACAAUUGUUACAAGAUAAUCACAUUAUUUUUUACAUACAAUUACCCAUUUAUACAUUGAAUAUUGUUUAUAUUCCAAUCCAUGGUUUAUCCUUACAUGAUGUAAUGGUGUUCUAUAUAUUGUGACAUCAUUUUGACUUCUAUCUUUAAAUCUGUAUUAUUUAUAAGUAUAUGAAUUAUUAAACGAGUAAUCCAUCCAUGUAUUUAUAUAAUAAAUGGCUGUGCUGUUAACUUGCUGAGCACAGUGCUACAGUUCUGUACUUAAAAAAAUGUGAAUACAAAAUAGCAAAACCAGUUUUCCUGGAACGCCAUACAGUACAGUAUGCAUUAAAGAGGAAACAAAGAAAAGAUUUGCUUCACGACUCUUCUAUCUCAUUACACUAGGAGCGGUGUGUGUGUGUGUGUGUGUGUGUGUGUGUGUGUGUGUGUGUGUGUGUGUGUGUGUGUGUGUGUAACACUGCUUCCAAUCUUUGUGUUCUUGUUGUAACAGUGUCUGGUGUCAGCCCUAAGCAGAAACAUGGGUUCAUGUCACCUAAACUACUUGACUCCUGAUAGAAAACAGACAAUCAGCAUUGUGUGGAACUUGAUCUUGAUCAGUUAGGCAGUGUACAGUCUGUAUGUAAGUCUGUAUCAGUCAGCUACCCAGUGUAAAUGUGAGGACUGAAGAAUGCUGCUUUAUCAGCCAACUGAACUACACGUGCAGAAGCUAAAACAGGGGAAGGGGUAAUUGGGUCAAUGCUUAAGGAGAGGUUAAGAACCAGUAACUGAACUACACGUGCAGAAGCUAAAACAGGGGAAGGGGUAAUUGUCAAUGCUUAAGGAGAGGUUAAGAACCAGUAACUGAACUACACGUGCAGAAGCUAAAACAGGGGAAGGGGUAAUUGUUAAUGCUUAAGGAGAGGUUAAGAACCAGUAACUGAACUACACGUGCAGCAGCUAAAACAGGGGAAGGGGUAAUUGGGUCAAUGCUUAAGGAGAGGUUAAGAACCAGUAACUGAACUACACGUGCAGAAGCUAAAACAGGGGAAGGGGUAAUUGUCAAUGCUUAAGGAGAGGUUAAGAACCAGUAACUGAACUACACGUGCAGAAGCUAAAACAGGGGAAGGGGUAAUUGUCAAUGCUUAAGGAGAGCUUAAGAACCAGUAACUGAACUACACGUGCAGAAGCUAAAACAGGGGAAGGGGUAAUUGUCAAUGAUUAAGGAGAGGUUAAGAACCAGUAACUGAACUACAUGUGCAGAAGCUAAAACAGGGGAAGGGGUAAUUGGGUCAAUGCUUAA